GGCUGGAGGGGAGCGAGGGAGGGGAGAAGGAGAAAGCAGAAGCCCGGCGGGCCGGAGGGCGAGGGAAGGGGCGGAGGCGAGUGCCCGGUGCGGCGCGCGAGGGCGUCCCGAGCUCUCGGGAGCAGCUGCCCGCCCGAGCAUCCCGCUCGGCGACACCGGCGUCCCGGCCGGCAGCCAGGCAGCGGCGGCCCUGGGACUCGGCCGCGCGCGCCCCGGAGGGAUGGUGGCGGCGGGGCACGGGCCAGCGCAGCCCCUGCCUCCCGUCCGGCCGCGCGCGCCCUGAGCCGGCGCCCCGCGCUGGGCAUGCGGCCGCGGCCCCCGGCCCUCCGCCCCCGCGCCCCGGCCCCCGCCGCGCGCACCCGCCGAGCCCGCCGCCCGCGCCGCCCUUGAGACCCGGCGCCCACCAUGCGGCGGGCCGCGGCGCCCCGGUCCGCCUGGCUGCUGGUGCUCUGCGCGCUCGUGCCGCGCCUCGCAGGUCUCAACAUGUGUACUAGUGGGAGUGCCUCCUCCUGUGAAGAGUGUCUGAUGAUCCACCCGAAAUGUGCCUGGUGCUCCAAAGAGGUCUUUGGCAGCUCGAGGUCAGUCACCUCCCGGUGUGACCUGAAGGCAAACCUCCUCCAGAACGGCUGUGGCGGUGAGAUCGAGAGUCCGGCCAGCAGCACGCGGGUCCUGCACAGCCUGCCUCUCAGCACGGAGGGCUCCAGUACCAUGGGCUCGGAUGUCAUUCAGAUGGCCCCGCAGGAGGUGGCUGUGGACCUCCGGCCUGGUGACCAGGCCACCUUCCGGCUGCAGGUCCGCCAAGUGGAAGACUACCCUGUGGACCUGUACUACCUGAUGGACCUCUCCCUGUCCAUGAAGGAUGACCUGGAAAAUAUUCGAAGCCUAGGCACUGCGCUUGCCGAGGAAAUGAGGAAGCUUACCAGCAACUUCCGCUUGGGUUUUGGAUCUUUUGUGGACAAAAAUAUCUCUCCUUUCUCCUACACAGCACCGAGGUACCAGACCAAUCCAUGCACUGGUUACAAGUUAUUUCCUAACUGCGUCCCCUCCUUUGGGUUCCGCCAUCUGCUGCCUCUCACAGACAAAGUCGACAGCUUCAAUGAGGAAGUUCGGAAACAGAGGGUGUCCCGGAACCGCGAUGCCCCCGAGGGGGGCUUUGACGCCGUGCUCCAGGCAGCUGUCUGCAAGGAGAAGAUCGGCUGGCGCAAGGAUGCCCUGCACCUGCUGGUGCUCACCACGGACGACGUGCCCCACAUCGCGCUGGAUGGGAAGCUGGGGGGCCUCGUGCAGCCACACGAUGGCCAGUGCCACCUGAGCGAUGCCAACGAGUACACUGCAUCUGACCGGAUGGACUACCCAUCCCUUGCCUUGCUUGGAGAGAAGUUGGCAGAGAACAACAUCAACCUGAUCUUUGCUGUAACAAAGAACCACUAUAUGCUCUACAAGAAUUUUACAGCCCUGAUACCUGGAACCACGGUGGAGAUUUUACACGGAGACUCGAAAAAUAUUAUUCAACUGAUUAUCAACGCAUACAAUAGUAUUCGGUCUAAAGUGGAGCUGUCUGUCUGGGAUCAGCCUGAGGAUCUGAAUCUCUUCUUCACUGCCACCUGCCAGGAUGGCCUGUCCUACCCCAAUCAGAGAAAGUGUGAGGGCCUGAAGAUUGGAGACACGGCAUCCUUUGAUGUGUCGGUGGAGGCCUGGAGCUGCCCCGGCAGACAUACUGAGCACACGUUCACACUGCGGCCCGUAGGCUUCCGAGACAGCCUGCGGGUGGUGGUCACCUACAACUGCACGUGUGGCUGCAGCACGGAGCUGGAGGCCGACAGUGACAGGUGCAGUGGGAACGGGACCUAUGUAUGUGGCCUGUGUGAAUGCAACCCCAGCUACCUGGGCACCAGGUGCGAGUGCCAGGAUGGGGAGAGCCAGAGCGUGCAUCAGAAUCUGUGCCGGGAGGCGGAGGGCAAGCCGCUCUGCAGCGGGCGCGGUGAGUGCAGCUGCAACCAGUGCUCCUGCUUCGAGAGCGAAUUCGGGAAGAUCUACGGGCCUUUCUGCGAGUGCGAUAACUUCUCGUGCGCCAGGAACAAGGGCGUCCUCUGCUCAGGCCAUGGAGAGUGUCACUGUGGAGAAUGCAAGUGCCAUGCAGGUUACAUUGGGGACAACUGUAACUGCUCGACAGACAUCAGUACAUGCCGGGCCAAGGACGGGCAGAUCUGCAGUGACCGUGGGCACUGUAUCUGUGGGCAGUGUCAGUGCACAGAACCUGGAGCCUUUGGGGAGACAUGUGAGAAGUGCCCAACCUGCCCGGAUGCUUGCAGCACCAAGAGAGACUGUGUUGAGUGCUUGCUGCUCCACUCUGGGAAGCCUGACAACCAGACUUGCAACCACCCAUGCAAGGACGAGGUGAUCACGUGGGUAGACUCCAUCGUCAGUGAUGAACAGGAAGCCGUGCUCUGUUUCUACAAGACUCCCAAGGACUGUGUCAUGAUGUUCACGUACACUGAGCUGCCCAGCGGGAAGUCCAACCUCACGGUCCUCAGGGAGCCAGAAUGUGGAGCCGCCCCCAACGCCAUGACCAUUCUGUUGGCUGUGGUGGGCAGCACCCUCCUGAUUGGGCUUGCACUCCUGGCCAUCUGGAAGCUGCUUGUUACCAUUCAUGACCGCAGAGAGUUUGCAAAGUUCCAGAGUGAGCGCUCCAGAGCCCGCUACGAGAUGGCCUCCAACCCGCUCUACAGAAAGCCCAUCUCCACACACACCGUGGAUUUUACCUUUAACAAGUUCAACAAGUCCUACAAUGGCACAGUGGACUGACGGCCUCUCCUAGAGCACUGGCGGGGGUGAAAGACAGGGUCAGCCUGGAACACCCAGGACAGCUCGGGUUCGGGCAGAACUCCCUAGAUAGGUAAGCAGUGAAGCUCUUUGGGUGAGCAGGGCAAAGAGCCCACUGCCACACAGAGGGGAACUAGUCAUGCCACCUGGCUGCCAGGCCACAGCCACGCUCAGCCACCUCCCCACACAGCAAGGGGAUCCCUAUGCUCGUGGCUUGCCCUGUCCCCUCAAGUGCGUCGGCCUGAUGAACUGCUGAGGUGCUGGCUGCAUCUCCCUUCCGGCCUGUCAUCCAGGAAGGCUCCAGGGAAGGAUCCGAGGAUGUGACACCAGGGUGCAGCCUGGCUUUUUUCGUGUUGACCACUUUUAUAUGAAAUAAAGAGAUCAUGCUUGCACGGCGUAGCUCUGAUUACUAAGGAUUGUCUGCCUGGGGAUCCGGGCCUCCCGUGUGUUGGUGAUGGGAUUGUUCUGUGCCUGUUUGUUUAGUCCUUCUGUAAUGAAGAGGAAAGAGACUGUCUGGGAUUGAAAGUAAAGACCGGAACCAAA